UUUUUGGUAGUGGUGUCACUUUGUGAAGAUCACAAUGGGGCGCCGACCAGCGAGAUGCUACCGGUAUUGUAAAAACAAACCGUAUCCUAAGUCACGGUUCUGUCGUGGUGUACCAGACCCAAAGAUUCGAAUCUUCGACUUGGGUAAAAAGAAAGCUGCUGUGGAUGACUUCCCGCUAUGCGUGCACUUGGUGUCGGAUGAAUAUGAGCAGCUUAGCUCGGAAGCACUUGAAGCGGGUCGUAUUUGCUGUAACAAAUACCUCGUCAAGAACUGUGGUAAAGACCAGUUCCACAUCCGCAUGAGGCUGCAUCCUUUCCAUGUUAUCCGCAUUAAUAAAAUGUUAUCGUGCGCUGGAGCUGAUAGGCUCCAGACUGGGAUGCGUGGUGCCUUUGGUAAGCCGCAAGGCACUGUAGCCCGUGUUCGUAUUGGCCAGCCCAUCAUGUCUGUGCGCUCCAGUGACCGUUGGAAGGCGCAAGUAAUUGAAGCUCUGCGUCGUGCUAAGUUUAAGUUCCCUGGCCGCCAAAAGAUCUAUGUGUCCAAGAAAUGGGGCUUCACAAAGUACGAGCGCGAGGAGUUUGAGAAGCUGCGUGAAGAAGGUCGUUUAGCCAACGAUGGUUGCAACGUCAAGUAUCGGCCAGAGCAUGGACCACUUGACUCAUGGAGGAAGGUGCAAAAUGAAAUCUACGCAGUUUAAUUUUUGUUAAUCCACAAAUAAACAAAAUUUCUAACAUUGUAGUAUUAUUUAUAUUGUACAUUAAUUAUUGUAUUACUCAAUAUAUUAAUAGUUUAGUAUAAAAUCAUGCAGAGGGGAGCAAAGAAUAAUAGCACUUUCUACCGAGUGGGGAGAGCACAGACUCACAAUAGUUCCAUUCUCUACCAUAAUCGGUUUGCAACACUUGUCUGAACUAGCUAUCCAAACAAGAACUGUAAGUUCCACUAUCACAAAAACUGAAACUACAUACCUACAUAAUUUUGUGAAAUUGUUCCCAUGUAUCUCUGCUUUAAAAUAAAUUAUUUAGUUUUAUUAUUUCGUCCCAACUAUAGUAUGUUUACCUUGUUGAGGCAGCAUUAGAGAAUCUGCACCUAUUUAGAUUUCAAAAGGCAAUUUUGGUAAAGACCAUAUUGCUUGUGAUAGAGGCAAAAUGCCUUGUAGACAUCAAAAAUGUAAAAUAAGGAAAAUAGAAUCUAAGGGAUGACUUAUAAGUUUUCCUUUGGUACCUUACCAUUACUCUUAUUUGGAUAGUAAAUGAAUCGUGGUAGAAUCUAACACUACAUUUUAACAUCGUCUAGAUGAAGAUUGCGAUAUAUUUCCCCUAUAACUAACACCUGCAAUGUAAAUAUAAUAACUAACCGUCAGUGAACUGUAAAAACCUCAAGUAAAACGCCUUAGACAUUUCUAAGAUAAGCAAGAGUUCUGUUAGGUUAGUAAGAUAAAAGAAACAAGACAACAGUUAGCUGCUCACCUGUGCAUUUCAGUGGUUGAAUCUUUGUAAUUCAACGUAAGACAAAACAUGCACUAUAUAUGUAAAAAAAAAAUAAGCUCGCAAGAAUAACUGUCCAGCUCUUUGAAAACUCACCAAGGUUUUUAGAGACCAAUUUCACCAGAAAUUAAACGUGGAUUAUUCUUAUUAAAGGUGAAAUAACUGCAUUGUCACCCUUGUUCUUAUGAUAAGAUAUGAUUACGGCAGAUGGUACGGCUUGUCGUGGCGGGGUGCUAAGCCACAAUUUACACUGCCGCGGAACGGAAUGAAAGCGAAUUUUUGUGGUAUAGUUGAAAGACGUAGAUGACAACGAAAGUAUUCCUGUGGACGCGCCAAUAUACGGCGAAGGUGACCACGGCGUUUUAAUUGAUGCGAGUCCGCCAUAAUUUGUCGUUACACCCGUAAGACAUUUGUGUACCUACGCUUUUCUCAACUAAAGAAAAGGUCAGGCGCACACAUCACUAAUUGCAAUUGUAUUUUGUUUGUAUAAAAUUGAAGAAAAAUUUAUUUGGUUGUACUGUUUGUAUGUGGUUUGUUUUAAUAUAUUUGUGACGUUUAUGGAUCUAAUGCAGUGUCAGUAAUUUAAAAAUUGGUUCAAGCGUUUUCAGUUUCAGUCCGGGAAUUUUGCAGCUCGCUCUGGUCGCCCUCAUACGGAUAAAGUCGAUGCCAUUUUUGAAAAAGUGGAGUAAGAUCGACAUAUUAGUAAUUACGACAUAGCCGAGGAAUUGAGGAUUGACCACAAAGCAGUUAUGACCCAUUUGAAAAAGUUUGGCUAUACAAAAAAAGCUCGACGUUUGCAUACCAUACGAGCUCACUGAAAGAAACCUAAUGAAUCGUGUACUCAUUUGCGAUUCUCUGUUGAAACGUAAUGAUACCGAACAAUUUUUGAAAAGAUUGAUCACUGGUGAUGAAAAGUGGAUCGAUCACCUACGACAAGAACAUGCGGAAAAGAUCAUGGUCAAAGGGUAGCUCAAGCUCCACAGACUGUAGCGAGACCCGGAUUAACACGCAAUAAGGUGAUGCUGUGUGUAUGGUGGGAUUGGAAGGGCAUCGUUUAUUAUGAGCUUUUACCGUCGGGCAAAACCAUCGAUUCGGAUCACUACUGCCAACAGCUAAUAAAACUCAAGCAAGAAAUUGAGAAAAAACGACCGGAAUCGAUCAACAGAAAAGGAGUGGUCUUUCAUCGUGAUAACGCCAGACCACACACGUCUUUGACCUCUCAGCAAAAAUUGAGAGAGCUGGGCUGGGAAGUAUUAAAGCAUCCACCAUAUAGUCCUGACCUUCAGCCACAGAUUUUCACCUGUAUCGGUCUCUUCAGAAUUAUUUAGCUAGUGUUAUGUUAACAUCAAGAGAAGACUGCCAAAACUACUUGUCGCAUUUUUUUUUAGAUCAAAACCCCAAGUCUUCAACAGCAACGGGAUUAUGUCACUACCUACAAGGCCAACAAGUUAUCGAACAAAAUGGCACAUAUAUAUUAUAAUUAAAUGUAAUUAAACUUUGAAAAAAAAAUGUCUUAAAUUUUUAUAUAAAAUACGAAGAAAGUUUCCACGACCUGAUAUUAAAUACAGGAUCAAAAAGUGGAUUUAAUGCUAAAGGUAUUCUCCACCACUCAACCUUAGGGCAGUGAUAAAACUUUGAAGGCGGUUACAUAGAAAUUAAAUAUAACUAUAAUGAUGACGGAGUUUGGCAGUUAACUUGUCUUAAUUUUUCAGGCAGAUUUUAAUAUCUAAUAAUUUUUUUCAUAUAUUCAGCGUAGUAGACAAGAUACACACUAUGUACGUAGUAUGCUUAUUAAAUUAGACAGACAAUAUAAUGCAAAAUUAUUUUCUGAUCCAAUACUAGGUCAUUGUUCACAAAAGGAGAAUAAUAAGAUACUCGUAUAGAAAGUAGGUACCUACAUAACAGAUAAUUAAUUAUUAAAAUUGAUUAUUUGUUACAUGAAGACAACCCUAAAGUUGCAGAUGCCAGGUCAGAAGUUAUGCAAUAGAAAGAGACGAGGUAGCUUGUAGGCAUAGAGCAACACGGGCCACCUGCGGAUCGGAGGAGAGUACACACGGGUGUUUCUCUUUGUCAAAGUAUGCGUACAAUAAAACUGUUUGCAGCCGCAUUGCUCACUAAACUAAACCUAGUAGCGCGGCUUGCUGUGAAAAGAGAUCUGCCACAUAGAAUUUACAAAAAUAUGAAGUUAUCUUUUAUAGUAAUUUUUAAUAACAACUUAAAAAUUACGAUAAUAACGGUCGUAUUGUCUGGAAUUGGUUGACCAACACAGGCUGCCCCCCUAUACUUUAUGCAGAUCGGUCGAGCGAUUGAUCAGUCUGUUGCCGAGUUAUCACUGUCACCGACCGAUACUGUUAUAAUGUAUCUGUGUUUGUGAAAUUGUUAGGUUUAUUGUUUUCUUAUAUUUGAGUUUCGUAGUGAGAGAUUGUUUUAGAGUACCGAGUUUCCCCAGAUAAACAAUGACAGACAGUUAUGUUUAUGGGAAAAACGUAAUGGCCACUCCCCUCGGCCCACCUGCCCGCUAAUAUACUGUUAGCCUCUCAGCAAUACGAUCUUCCUUGCCUACACUAGAAGAAUUACCUCAACGGGCAUAAUAACGACAGUGAAACUCGUAGAAUUACCGACUGAUUCUUCUUAGCCGCCUGCGCGAUACUUUAUAUUGCUAGAACGAGGCAGAUUACAGUUUUACCCUCAUAUCAUCUUUUAUUUUUUUUACACUCAUUGCUAACAAUACUAUAUAGGGCAGGACCGUUGCUGGCCUGUAUUGCUCUACGCUUGUAAGUGGUUAUUAUAUCGAGCACUACAAGAGUAAACUUUCUGUACCUACGCUCGUUGUACUUUUAGUAUAGUGCUUAAAGUUUGGCUAUGUGUAUUUUUUUUUAUAGGAUAGGGUGACAAACGAGCACACAGUCCACCUGAUGGUAAGUGGUUACCGUGACCCAUAGACAUCUACAUCUAUCCUUAAUAAAGACUCAAGAUGCAGAUGCGUUGUCACCCGUGAGGACUAAAAUAGAAUGCCUCUUUGCCAGUAAAAAGGGUCUCCGGUUCUCUACACUCACCAUACGAAACACAGCAGCGUUAAGCUGCUAUUUGACGCUGGUUUUCUGUGAGAGCGUGGUCCUUCCCGGUCGAGUCGACCCAUUCAUGCUACAACUAUACUACUAAUAUAGCUGCAGCAUGGCUCUACCACGUAAAAUAUAUAUAUAUUAAUAAUAUGUACUCUGAAUUAGUAUUCAUAAAAUAUUACUAGAAAAAAAUAUUAAAAUUUAAACUUAAAUGAUGAAAUAUUUAUAAUUAGGAUACCACUUUGUUAUCUAACCUUGUGGUCUCAAUAAUGCCUAUCUAUAUUUAAAUUUAAAACAUAUAUUCCCCAAUC